UGAAUAUGUUCUGUCUUUAAACAUCUUUCAACUAUAUACUUACACUUUGAACAUAUAUGUCUUGCACAAAUUUCUACAGGAAGAUCAAAUAAAAGCAAUUGUUUAUGGAGAUGAUAUCCCCAUUUAUCAGAGUCUGAUGAAACUUUAUCAUACCUACUGGAUAACGGGUGCACGCAUACAACUACCAAAUCUGAAAUAUGAAAGUCCAUUGCAUGCAUUUGAAUGGGUUCUCGAUAAAAAGACCAUCAUUGAUCCAAUUAAAAAGAAUGCUAAAGAUGCGUUACCGCCUCCUACAAAGCUUAAUGUUACCUCCUUCUUAGAUAUUAAGGAUCAGGCCUUCCAAGAUAUCAAUAAUACUCUGACUAAAAAAGAAUUCAACAUACUUGCAAUUGUUGUCAACUGUUCCCCACCAAGAUAUGUUGCAAGUGUCGAGAAAAGAUUACAAGAGCUUAUCGUUAUUGAUACCCUUAACCAAAGUUUCAAGUUCACAAUAUGGGAAGAAUCACUUAUAGAAAAUGAAGGUAGCAAGCUCCUGAGGCAAUUCCAAGAAUAUCCUAUAAUUCUUGCAAGACGUAUUGGAGCAUCCAAAUUUGAAGGUGAGCUAUAAUAAACAACACUUCCUAUAUUUUUUAAUAUUUCAACUACCAAUAGUUGAUUCUUGAUUUAAUAUGAAUUUUUAGCAAUUAUUUUUCCUCA